CAUCAAAUGUUGAGGGUAAACUAAAUUUUAAUUACUCUGUGCAUAAUCCAGUAAAGGCACACAGUAGCCGACAUGAUACGAUUUUAUACUGUCGUUGGGCAGACUGUUAAGUGCUACAAAUCCUCUUUCCAAUGCCUCACGCUCCUACGGCCAGUUUCCUUCACAUAACGAACAUACAAGACUUAUUCAACGGCAGUGAAUCGUCCUGUGUAAUUAAAAUAAUGAAAAUGACUGCAAUAUUUUUGACUCUUAUUAUUAUUAUUACUACUGGGGCUAAACAGAUAUGCUUAGAAGCAAAAUCGGAUGCAGUGAGCGAAGUGAAAUUCGAUAAAAGCUACUCUGAAGACGUUUUCCAACAAAUGCAGACGACAUCGGAAAUAACGCCCGCGCCUUCAACAGGAAACAAAGUAAAUGAUGUUACUAGUACCGUGUUGAGUAAGUCUUUAGAAGCACAAGAAGAAAAUUUUCUUGCAAUCUCCCCAAUUACAACGUCAGGAAAAAACUCCAUUGAAGAAAAAAAUAACGACUUGGAUGAAGGAAACGCUGAAUUAUUAAAGACGUCGGAGCUAACCGCUACAAAACAGAAUAAAACAGCAAAUUCAAUGCACAGUACCAAUUUACGGAAAGCCAUUAAUUUGCCGCCAGCUUUAAAUGUUAUUUGGGAAAACUGCUUAGAAUCUGCAUAUAGAGAACAUAAUAAAAUAAAUUUCAAACCCCAACGUCAGUUGGAAGUUGCUAAAAAUCUACAAGUUCUUAAUAAUAGAAUUGGAGGAAAUGUUUGGGAUAAAAGAGAUGUGGACGGGACGAAAUCAGUAGCAAUUAAGGCUUGGUUAGAUAAGUAUAAUAAUUUAAAAAAUGCAAAUAAGGAUAAAACAGGACAAUCGAACGAAACAACAGACGUCAAUGAAGUGUCGAUAUUAACAAAAACUACUAAGCCUGUAACGUUUGAAGUAUUUUCAAUAACAAAGAAGCUUUUGAAUGAACAAGAAAAUUUGAUCAACAGUACGCUAAGUUCAGCAGUAACCGAGAAUAAUAUAAGAGCAAGUAAUUCCAUAGAGUGGUUUGAAGAAAUGGAUCAAAGUAAAAUAAAGUUUAAUAGUUUACCUCAAAUGCAAAAUUAUUUAGUACCAAAGUUUAAACUAGAGCAAGGAUAUCAUCCUUUUACAUUUGUGGCUGGCUUCUUUUCUAUUAUUUAUCCAUUCGACUUUCCUAUCGGUCUUGCCAAGGAUAUAAUUUGGGGACAAGUAACAUUUCCGUUGUCUUUUAUUCAGUCUAUCAAAGUGGAGUCAACUUUCUUAGCAUUCGUUGUGCUCUUUGCGUGUAUUGCUUUAAUAAUACCGACGUAUCUCAUCAUUUUGGGAAUAAUAUACCUUCUAUCAAAGUCAAGUUGCAACGACGAAGCGGAAUCUGGAGCUUUAUUCCCUGAGCAAGAAGGUUCAAGUUGCGUUGACAAGUUUUUGGUCUUUAUGACAUUCUUUACUGUUAUAAUAUGUUGCACCCUUAUAUGCGGUAUGGUGUUAAGCAAUGAACAGUCGCAUGUGGCAGCGAUGAGCAGUCGUAAUGUGGUGAACUGCGCGUGCGCAGACAUCGCAACGUGGUUGUCGGUCGCUGCGAGAGAACUGCAUUACAGUUUAGUGCCGCCUAUAGAUCUUGUGCUCUACGCUUACCAAGAGGACUUAAAAAACGUCGACACGUUCCUAGGCGAGCCAAUACAACAAGCUAUUGCUUCGGAGAGCGGUAUCGAUUUGGUGCUGGACUCCUUAGCGGACAUAAUAGCAGAAAGUGAAGAUCUCUCAUCGAAAGUGUCCGCUUUGCGAAACAUAAGUAUCAAGGCAGGCACAUUAGCGGCAGUCGCUGCGGACAGACUCGAUGACCUCGCCAGACAAAUAGACGGCCUGAAGAAGCAAUGCUCGGCGAAAGACGCACCACUCUGUGACACAAUUAACACUCAUUCUAUGGAACUGAAGCUGAAGUUUAACUCGAUACUAAAGGAGCAACAGUUAUUGGAGCUUCGAGCUCUAGGUGUGGACAACUUGACGCUUGCCAUUGCUACAGCGAAACGGGAAUUGCGUUCUUUGCCAUCACUUAUUUUAACACAGACCAAGGAAGUUAGAGAUAGUAUUCUUCGUGACAUAGAAAUUCGUCGUGACAAAGUUCAUAGCUCGGCUAGAAUCCUUACCGACAUUGUGCGGUACUUGACGGCAGACCUACAUUCCUUCUCUAGGCAACUUGACGCCAGCUUUGAAAGAAUACAGAUAUACGAAUUUUGGAGAUGGAUUUUCAUGUUGGUAUGCACCGUAGUUUGCGCGUUGGUCAUGAUGUUAAUGUUGGUAGCCAUGUUGUGUGGAUGUGGAAAAGCAAAGAUCCACGCUAAAAGGACGCUGCAACUAUCUGCCGUGUGGAUAUGCUUCGCCUCUCUGCUUUUAUGGAGCGUGAUUUCCGCUGUAUUUCUUAUCGCGGGACACGCCGAGGUUUUUUUGUGUCAAACACUGUGGGAUUCUGCUCAGUAUAAAACUCUAUCAAAGCUUUUGGAUAGGCCGUCUCCACUGCUGGAAAACAAUGAAGGAUUUUUUGACGCCAUGUUCAGAGAUCUUGAUAACGUCACAAUUGAAGUGUCCGUAAGGGAUGUUUUGAGAGAUUGCGAGCGGAAUCGACCGGCGUACGUAGUUUUUCAACUCGACAGAAUCUUGGAUGUUAACAAAGAGACAUCGUACUUCGAAUGGGAGGAGCUGCAAGCGGAUCUGGGACGGCUGUCUACUGCCGUCGAUGUCAGCUUCCUCAAAUCAAUAUCCGCUCCAUUUAACAGAAUACUUAAUGAGAUUCUUGUAAAAUCUAAUGUCAAUCUACCGUCAUAUAGGAUGGAAUAUAACAAUCCAGUUGUUGGAAAGGACUUGCCUGCUUUAGAAGAUCAAUUGGAGAAUGUUGCGGCGCAAAUAUCUGAUUUAACAACUUCAGGAAGACUCGAAACUUUAGCUAAACGUACAGAAAGAGUUUAUUUAAGUAAUAUAAAACCAUUAGAGCAGUUGAGAGCGGAUCUUGUAUUCAAACUGACUGAACUUGAACUUCAAUUAAUACCCUACCGAAGAAGACUGAACAUAUCGCUGAGUCAUAUACACACGGCGCAGUUUUACAUCGACAACCAGGGAGACGUCAUUGCGCAGAAAAAGGUGUCAGCGUACGUAUCCCGGUUGGUGUCGCACGCCGCUAGAUGGCGCUCUCACGUGCUCACGUCUACUGGCAAACACGCCGCCCGUUGUCAACCGUUGUUUGCAGUGUACGCUGCGGUCAGGGCUCUACUCUGCACUAAAUAUAUUUCUUCUUUGCACGGCUGGUGGCUUUGUGGAGUCGUGUUGGGUCUGCUGUGGUGCAUACUGCUAACCCCUUUGUGCGUCAAUCUCUGGCGAACGUAUGAGCGGAGAAUGAACACGCAGGACUUCAUUACUCUUUCUAACUUUAACACAGCACCUCAAGGAACACCGGAGACAGAACCCUGCGAAAAUGGCAACUGGACCACACCUGGAUCAAUUCCUGGGCCACCACCGCCACCUAGGGACGAUAACUGGUGAUCUGCAAAGCGAUGUUGUGUGAAACGUUUUAUUACUAAUAUUUACCAUCUAAAAUGAAACCAAAAAGGACGUGGUGCCUGAAAGCACAAAGUAUAAUAUUGCUAAGUUUUAUAUUAUCCAGAUUAGUAACUAUAGAGUGUGCUUAUAGUUACUUAAUGGAAAAAGUAGCAGUC